AUGGCUGGGCUGGCAGACAGCCCUGCGGCGGGCGGUGCCUCGGUGCGCUCGCCGCCGACGGAGACUGCAUCCGGCGAGGUCGGCCUGGACGCGGACCAGCUGGACCGGCUGUCGCGGUCGCUGCCCUCGGCCGGGGCGCUGCUCGAGCCGGAGCCGAGCUACCUCGCCGUGAUCCGGCCCGUCUUGUCCAAGCAGCAGCAGCAGCCCACUGGCAGCAACGUCGCGACCGCGGCGGAAGCCAGCGACGACGACGUUGCGCCCAUGUCCCCCUCGCCUUCAACCUCUGCCCCAUCCCUGGUCUCUGCGCCCGCGCCAUCGUCGUCUUCCUCCGACGGGCUUGACGGACCCCCCGGAGAGACGUCGCCGCUGCUGCGCCCACGCGCGGCCUCGCACGGCGACGACAACGACGACGACGAGCCCCUCCCCCUAUUCCUCAACGACAUGUCGCCGGGCCGCUUCUGGCUCGUCUUCUCGCAGGUGCUCGCCGCGCAGUUCAUCGGGUGCUUCGACGGCACCAUCAUGGCCAGCUCGCACCCGGUCAUCACGUCGUACUUUGGCGCCGCAAACUCGGCCUCGUGGCUGUCGACGGCCUUUCUGCUGGCCUCCACCGCCGUCCAGCCCCUGCUCGGCCGCCUGUCCGACGCCGUCGGCCGCAAGCCCCUCUUCCUCGGCUGCAUGGCCGUCUUUGCCGUCGCCACGGCCUGGUGCGCGCUGGCGACCAGCAUCGAGAGCUUCAUCGUUGCGCGCGCCGUGUGCGGCAUUGGCGCCGGAGGGGCAGUUACGCUCGGGAGCAUCAUCACCAGUGACUUGGUGCCCAUCGAACGCCGAGGAGCCUACCAGUCGUACAUGAACGUCACGUACGGCGUCGGCUCCGCGCUCGGUGCCGCGCUGGGCGGCGCCAUGGCCGAGGCGCUGGGGUGGCGGUGGGAGUUUGGCGUCCAGAUCCCGCCGCUGGUGCUCUGCGUCGGCGUCUCGGCCGUCGUCAUACCGCGCGGGCUGGGCGUCGCGCGCCACGAGGGCGGCGGCGUGUGGCGGGCGCUGCGGACGUUUGACGCCGCGGGCUCGUUGCUGCUGACGGCGUCGGUGUCGUUUCUCAUCCUCGGCUUGAACCUGGGCGGCAAUGUUCUUCCCUGGGCUCACCCCCUCGUCGUGACCUCGCUCGUCGUCUUCGCCCUCUGCUUCCCCUGCUUCAUCGCCGUCGAGUCGCGUGUCGCCAAGCCCAUCAUGCCGCUGCACCUGAUCCGCCGCUCGCCACGCGCAAACCUCAUCUUUGCAAACUUCAUCGCCGCCCUCGUCUCGAACUCCAUCUUCUUCAACAUCCCCCUCUACUUCCAAGCCGUCCUCCUCUCCAGCGCCACCGCGUCCGGCCUCCGCCUCGUCCUCCCCUCCGUCGUCGCCUCCAUCGCCGGCACCAGCACCGGCUUCGCCAUCACCUGGUCGCGCCGCCUCAAGUGGCCCCUCGUCACCGGCACCCUCUUCUACCUGGCCGGCUGCCUGUGCCUGUGCCUGCUGCGCCGCGACCUCCCCUCGGCCCUCUACCUCGUCGCCCUCGUCCCCUCGUCCCUCGGCCAGGGCUUCCAGUUCCCCGGCACCUUCAUGGCCAUCCUCGCUUGCUCGCCGCAGUCGGAGCAGGCCGUCGUCACCAGCACCCUCAUCCUAUGGCGCAGCCUCGGCAUGGUCCUCGGCGUCGCCUCCAGCAGCCUCGUCCUUCAAAACGCCUUGGUCCAUUACCUCGACCGCUAUGUUCAAGGGCCCGAUCGUCUCCACGUCAUCGCCCUGGUCAGAGCCUCUGUCGACGCCAUCGCCCGCCUCGACCAGCCCUAUCGACUCCAGGUCGUCCGCAGCUACGAGGCUGCCUUGCGCCUCACCUUUGUCUGCUGCGUCGCCAUGGCCGCCCUCUCCGUCCUGCUCAUCUGGCCCGUCAGGCUGCCGCGGCUGGCGGCGAGGAAGCGCCAGGCAUGA